UCUCCGAUUUUAUAAAGACCCCAUUUCCCAUGCUGCCAUUGGUCUGUAGCAACCAAGGAAUAACAUGCUCUUUAACUAUUUUUUAUAAUAUUUGUACCCCUUUAGACUGUAAUUGUCCUUUCAGGUAUAUGUAGAUUACCACUUAUCUCAAAAUAACACAACCUGUCCUUCAUUGUCAUAACUUAAUCACAAUCUCAUUAUUUAGGGAAAAUGUUAAGCAACAAACAAAAUCUUUUUUUGUAGUUUUUUUUUUGAAUUUCCUGUCAUGAAAAUAUUUCUGAUAUUCCUAAAAGUCACACUAAACACUGCAGUCUCUUUCCAUUGGCGUAGUGAACAAGGUGUGUAGACGCGUUCAGCCCAAGCAGGGCCACUAACCAGGCCCACAGAUAAGGUUGGAAAUAGACGUUCUGCAAGCCAGGCCAAGGACGUGAGACAGCUGAUUCUUAAAAUAGGCCCCCUCCCCCACCACGGGACCCCGAGGCUCAAGCUUGGCGACACAACAUGAACCCGCUCCCAGACUAACCCACGCACAUCAGAGGUGGAUUAUCAACAGUGGGCGGUCCGACAGGAGACAACAAGGCUCACAUCCACAACAAAGAACUAUUCAGAAGCCUCUGGGUGCCAGUGACACCAUGAAGUCACUGCGCUUCCUCGCCGCCGAGAGCUUCAGCCAGAGCGGCGAGAGCACGGUGGAGAGCCUGAACUGUGUGUCCUUUAACCUGUACCCGCUCCUCUUCAAGGCCUGCUACCUCCACGAGCAGGCGCCGCUGCUCCUCGCCCUGGUCCGCACGUGGCCCCUACCGGAGAUCAACCUGCAAAGGAUCCUGGGAAGUACGGCCGACUGCCCGGCCGACCUCACCUCCAGCACAUGCCGGCUCUGCCUGGAGGCCGUUCUGACCGGUUUGAAGGACUACGUGUUGUCCGCCCCGACAACGUACGCCAAGAAGCUGCGCCUGGUGGACCUGACCGCCCUGAGGGACACCGAGCACCAGACGUGUCCCUGCGGGUCCACCCUCGGCCGCUGGGCCCGGACCACCAUGCUGACGCGGAUGUGCUACGAGACCCUGGCGGCCAUGCAGGCCGACGACGUCGCGCCGUGCGCCUUCGAGGCCUCCGUGGACGUCCGCUUCAACGGCUUCGUGACGGGCCGCAACUACGAGAUGGUGGCCCCGGCGCUGCUCCUCCGGCGCCACUGCCCCCUGAAGCUCCGCUUCGCGGGCUUCCGGGGCGACUCCCUGGCCCUCAAGCAGCUGUUCUACGUCCUGCGCCUGGCCGAGCCCGAGGCCAUGUCCAGGCUGGAGGUGGUGCACAACGUCCCCCUGGAGGCGCCCCACCUGGAGGUGCUCUUCUCCCGGGUGGAGUUCCCCAAGCUGCAGUCGCUCACCCUGCCCGCCGGGGCGCUGGACGUCCGCAGGCUGGGGGCGGACGACGCCAACCUGCUGGUGACCAUCGGGGAGCAGCUGGCGCAGUGGUCCAUGCUGACCGAGCUGUACCUGGGCUUCUCCACCCUGACCGGACACCUGCGCAGACUGCUAAGUCCUCUGAACACACCUCUGCAGGUCCUGGAGGUGGCCAACUGCAGCCUGAGCCGGGUGGAUCUGGUGUACCUGUCCAACAGCCUCCACACAGAGGCGCUGAUCAGACUCGACCUCAGCGGCAACAGCGUCGUCGGUACUUUCCCCGCCAGCCUCCCCAAGAUGCUCGGACGAUGUUCAGAGACGCUGGUCAGCCUGUCCCUCGAAGAAUGUGACAUAGAGGACGAAAACAUGGAUGACUUCAUCAGAAGUCUGGUUUGCUGUCAGGCCCUCCAGGAGAUAAAGCUUCUGGGAAACCCCUUGAGUUCUGGGGCACUCCGUCUGCUGUUCUCGGUGCUGUCCGCCAGCUUUCCAGAGCUGAGGUACAUCGAGAUGCCGGUUCCGCGGGACUGCUACUCGCCGGACUUCACAUACCCACUGGAUGACUCCGUUGUGUUGGAGUAUGACCGGGACUUGUUUGAGGAGGUGAGGACCCAGCUGAUGGCCAUCCUGGCCGGGGCUGGGAAGGAAGGCGUUGAGGUGUGUACCCCGCUGAUGGGGGCGUUUGACCCGGACAUUCAUGAAACCUGCAAUGAGCUGGGGGUGUCGAUGCUGAAGUCCUUCAACAGUGUUAUUGAGAACUUUAUCGAUACCAUAAAUGACGUGGACACCAGGCGAUCCCAGGCUCAGCAGGAGUAGCCUAAUGCUACUCAUAGCUAUCAUACACCAUCAUGGCACUUUUUGUUUAAAUGUUAGAAUUGUACCUUUUUUUAAAUAGUGAUAGAAAGAGUUGGCCUCAAGUUAUAUUAUCAAUAAAAGUCCUAGAUGCAAUUUGGAUAAAUAUCCUCUUAAACUAUACUCCAUCCUAUUUAAUAUGCAAUACGUCUGUAGAUACCUUAGGUCAAAUAUAUUAUUUUUAAAGAAAUGUUUAUAAUUUCAUAAAAACUCUGUACAUUUGUAUAUAUA